UUGGGGCUGAUUAUUCAGCCGUCGCAGAAAGGCAACUCAAUGUGUGUGCAUGCGGUUUGACCAACCCCGUCAUCAUCACAUCCGCAACUCUGCAGCCUCUCUUCCUCAUUCUGAUACCGGACAUCUGCAUCUGCAACCCCGCUACGUGACGAGAAGGCGCUCCAAAUUCCCACAGCUAACCAUUCACGACACAAUAUAUGCGUGUUUUGAGUCGGACGAGGACAUUUCUAUUGUCAAAAAACAACUUUUCGAUCGCCUGCACGAGUUGACAUCAGCAAUACAACUAUUAAGUACCAUCGCCGCCCGUCGGAUUUCAAAGUCAGCGAUGGACGAACAGUCUGCGCUGAUCCGAGUGGAGAGAACUUUUUGGAAUGUUUGGAACUACAUCAGCGGAGCGGUGACGAGGCUCCUGCGGGCAGAACCUGCUGUCAACAACCCAGGCAAUGCCGAGCGGACAGGGGGUCAGACGGUGGACUUUGAAAGAGCACAGAGAGACCCCAGUCAGAGAGAUGAUAAGGCGGAGGAGGAGGAGGAGAAAAAGGAGGAGGAGGAGGAGAAAAAGGAGGAGGAAGAGAAAAAGGAGGAGGAGGAACAAGCCGAUCUGAACACCGCCUCUUUGCCCCACUGUCCUCAGCCUCCUCUCACCCUACCAUCCCUUACUGACGGACUCCUCCGAGGCCCAGGAGGGACGAGGGAGGUUCAGUGCACGGCAGUGUCCACCAGAGGGAGUGGUAUCCACGGUCGAACAGAACAGGAAGAUACUGAUGGCGUGCAAUGGUUCAAUCAGACAGAGCGAGAGAGAACAGAAAAAGGCUGCAUCAAUUUUUCUGCAGCAACGCAACAGAUUGACCAAGAAAAUUAUGAAAAGCUUCUUGAAGGCAGGUCCAGGGCAGAAGAGUCUAAGAACCAUCAAAAACAACAGCAACAACAAGACACUGAGACCUCGAACUACCCUGAUGAAGAAAAUGACAACCACCACUCGGGUCUUGUUGAGGAGGUUGGAAAGGCACUGGCUGCUGAUAGACCAGAAGAAGAAGCUGGCCAGUAUUGCAAGGUCACUGAAGUGGAGGAGGGGGAGGACGAGGAGAAGGAGGAGGACGAGGACGAGGACGAGGAGGAGGAGGAGGAGGAGGAGGUGGCAGCGGCAAGGGUCUCUCUCUCCAGUGACGAAGAACCAGAUUUAAAUGAACCAAACAAUGUUUCAGGGUCAGAGACGGAAGGCCAUGACAUCAUCAGAGAGGAGAACCUCCCCUUUGUAAAUAAGGCAAACUUAUCUACAGAAGGAGGAGAUACACAAAAGAAAAAUUCACCAAACCUAGAGAACACUGAUGGUGGAUCAGCAGAGCCUUUUGCCAGCACUCUCACAGUUGAUCAAAGUGAAAACAAUUUGAAGUCUAUUGAGGCAGUCUGGGAACAGGACUUAACUGGAAUAGUUUCAGAUGAGGAUGACAAGGUAGUUCAGGAAAUUACAAUUUCUGAUUUCUUAACUCCAUUUGUUGACACACCAGAAGCCAACCUGAGCAGCCCAUUGUCCAACGAUGGUAAUGCUGUUGUUGGACAAGAACGUUUGGAAGUGGAGUCAAAGCAGAGAUCUGGGGUGGGCCAAUUUGAGAUGAAGGAACAGAGCAGUUUCCUCAUCCAGGGGAGUAAUGAUCUUUAUAGAAAGGGAAGUAAUGUAAUAGGCCCAGUAGGAAACCAGAUAGUGUUUGGAACCAAAGAGGAAAUUACAAAGGAGGGAGUCACUGCAUAUGUGGAAGAAAAAACUCCAGUCAAAAACUACGCUGAUGCCCAAAACGAUGAGUCACAGCCCCAGGAAGAGGUGAACCAAAGAGGAGAGGAAGAAGGGGGAGCCGAAGUGAUUUCAUUAAUACAUAAAGCGGCCCAAGACAAGGAACUGAGUUACAGUUUGAAAACUGAGGCAGUGACUGAAUUCAACAGUCCUGAACCCUUGCUUGGUUUUGGUGAUGCCGUGAAACAUGAUACCAAAGACUCUCCGAGUGCCUCCAGCGAUGAGGAUGGGGAUGAUGGGGAAGGAGGGGUCAGUACUCAGUGGCCGGUAGGAAUUGAUUCCCCAGGCGUGGCCUUACUGGUGAAAACGGAAGGCAACAAUGAACAGGAAAUGAGUGCAGCGCUCCCAGACAUUUUCCCAGGGACCUCUCCAGGAUCAGGUGCUGGGCUUCGUGGUCUGAGCUGUAUUCCAUUUGAGGAAACAAGACUUCUAAUUCCAGAAGUAUACAAUGGAGACUUUGCUGCUGCCACCGAGAAUACAGAGGAAAUAGCCCUGAUGGGAAGGGAUUCUGACGAAAGGUGGGUAGCUUCCCAGUUACCGAACUUAUCUGAAGGUUUUAAAUACGUAGCUAGGGUAGGGGAGGUAGACCACAUUCAACGGGAGGACCAUGACACGACUUUGAAGAGCGGGGAAAGAGAAGAUACGGUGGCCGGUCAGGAUAUGGUUGAUGGAUGGAGUGUUGAUCCAGAGAGCCUUGGAGACAGGGAUGGCCCUCGGGGAGUUGAACAACAGAUGAGUGGUAGAGCAGUAGGAUCCACAGGAGAGGAAGGGAGGACAGGGGACGGAUUGUCGGAUGAGGACUGCUCCAGGCAUGAGGCUCACAAGACCGAUGUAGAAGACUUUAAGACUGAGGAACCAUUGUUUGAGUUAAAAUUAGACGGGGAGAGGAGUGAAUCCACAGGAGCUGCAUCUAAAGAGGCGGUAGCGUUGGAUAACAUAGUCUUAAGGAGUGUUUGGUAUGAUGAGGUCAACACACAGGAUGACCGCCUGUUUUGUGAGGAAAUAUUAAUUCUGCCACACACUGUGAUACAGAAGACAACAGAGCUGUGUGAAGGUGAAUCCACAGCCGCCACCAUGACUGAAGAAAACAAAGGGCGUACUCCAAGCCAAUCAGAGGACUAUAUUGAACCUGAAUCCAUCCAUCAGCCAAUUGACAACCAAGUUCGAUCCUUUGAUGAUGGACAGACGAAAACAGAGGACAUUGUUACAGACAUUUCAGAUGAAGAGAUGGGAAUCGCUGGGCCUGAGGAGACCACAGAAUCAAAAAAGCAAAGAAAAGCUGGAGAAUCCAAUUCGUCAGUAGUUGAGGCCGUAGGACCAGGAUCUCUUACUGAUAUAUCCUCUGGCCUUUUGAUGGACAUAAGACAGGACCAAAGACAGAGAGCUGCAUCUAAAGAGGCGGUAGCGUUGGAUAACAUAGUCUUAAGGAGUGUUUUGUAUGAUGAGGUCAACACACAGGAUGACCGCCUGUUUUGUGAGGAAAUAUUAAUUCUGCCACACACUGUGAUACAGAAGACAACAGAGCCGUGUGAAGGUGAAUCCACAGCCGCCACCAUGACUGAAGAAAACAAAGGGCGUACUCCAAGCCAAUCAGAGGACUAUAUUGAACCUGAAUCCAUCCAUCAGCCAAUUGACAACCAAGUUCGAUCCUUUGAUGAUGGACAGACGAAAACAGAGGACAUUGUUAAAGACAUUUCAGAUGAAGAGACGGGAAUCGCUGGGCCUGAGGAGACCACAGAAUCGAAACAGCAAAGAAAAGCUGGAGAAUCCGAUCCGUCAGUAGUUGAGACCGUAGGACCAGGAUCUCUUACUGAUAUAUCCUCUGACCUUUUGAUGGACAUAAGACAGGACCUGCCAGCUGAACUACAGGAGUCCACCUUCGGAGUUACAGAACCGCAAACCCGGACUUCAGCAAAGAAAAUUGAAGAACAUGUGGAAGUUGUUUCAGCUUUAAAAGCUGCUGAGGAUGAGCAAGCCUUGACUUUUGGGCAGGCGACGGGGACGGACGAGGAGAUUCUAGGAAUGGGGGUCCUCCACAAAGACACAGACCACACCCUUUCUGUCCCAACAAAGACAGAGAACCAAGCAGUAUUACAGACCUCCUCCUCCUCCUCAGACGACGACGAUGAUACUUAUGAAGCAGCUGAUCAGACGCAUGAGACUACCAACCAUCCAACUAACUUUGAGGAGCAGAUCCAAGACCAAGAUGAGAUGAAGGAGAUGUCUACCCAGAUUGAAGGGGAAGAAGACGAGGAACUGCCACUGGACUCAUAUUCUUACCUACAUGGAUUGGCGGGGACUUUGGGAAAAUCAGAUAUUUUGGAAGCACAGGAUGGUGAGGAUUCAGAAAAUAUCUCAGGAAGAGAAAGUAUGCCAGACUGUGAGGUUUUAACCACUAAACCAGAGGGAAUACGAUUGCCUGAAAUGUUGAUGACAGUGCACCUUGAUGCUCCAGAUGUAUCGCCACCCUCAUUCAUUGAGGGAAGGACACCUUCACAAGAAAAGGAACCACAACGCCACCACCUGCCGCCUCCUGGAAAGCUCUCUGAUGAUGAAGCUGUCUCAUCUCGGGCAGAACAUGAUGAAUCAUUGGAAGAAUCGCAAAUGAAUGAAGAAACAGCUAUAAAAAUGGAGGCCAUCAACAUAUAUCCUGAGGUUUCAGCAUUAGCCAUGAGUUAUGACGGGGCAACAGAGGAUGGAAGUUAUGAAACACCAGUGAUACCGGUUCCUAUCCCCAACAGUGUGGAUGAAGACUCUGGUGUAGGGGAUACGUCUCGCCUGCUGCCUGACGUGAAGCUGUCCGACGCCAGCUCACCUCCUGAGGUAGACUCUGUCGUGCUGAGGGAAAAAAAGGGGUUUGGCGAAAGCAGACAAGGUCCAUGUUUGGACUCCAAACAUCCAUCGUACAAGGUUUUGUUAAAGAACCAAGCCCGGUCUAGAAGAUCAGAAUUCAUUGCUCCACCCGCUCUUGGCCUGAGCGCAGAAGAGAGAGCCAGACAGCGACACAGUCUACCUCCAGGAACAUUUGGAGAGGAGUUUGAGCUGGACGUUAAUGUUUUGGACCUAACCGUCCAGAAGUAUCGCAUCCUGGUGAAGAACCCCAGCACGAGGCGUCCCACCGACCCCAGGGCCCUACUGCAGAUGCCUUCCCUGGAGGCCGCCCCCUCACACCGCUUUAACACCCAGCAAGCCCCGCCUCUGGCAGGCAGGCCAAUGGGAGGCAUCGGGGUUGGGAUAAAGCUUCCUGGUUUCGGAGGUGGCUUCCCAGCUCUGAAGAAAACCCAGAGGGUGGUGAAGGGAGGAGAUGAAGUCGUCCCUGAGCAAUCUGAACCGCAACAAGGACAGACAAUAUCUCCAAAACCAACCGUCGCUGAGCGUAAACCAAGAUGGACGCCCCCAAAGCAACCUGGAUUCGGGAACCCUCUUAUGUCAGAGCUCAAGAGCAAACUGAAGAAAACCAGCGAAGAGUGAGGAGAGGACGAGAGGUUCUAUUGGCAGCCGGUUCCAGAGGAGGUGUUAUUCAUGUUCUUGCGGUUCCUGAUGUUCCCAGGUGGAAGCUGUCGUGUCCACAAUAUCCUGUUACUGCCAGCUCUGGAGCUCAGGGGAAUGAGGUUCCUUGCAUCAGAGCACUUUAGUAUAUAUGCUGUUAAGAUUAUUUUUUUCUGGUUAAUGCAAUGCAACCAUUGAGCUUUUGGCACCUGGCCUGCUUCUCGUGUUUCACUGAUCAUGUAAAUAGAUUCCUGCGUUAAAAAUAAAUCUAUAUUUUUUAUGUGUAAUCCAUGAUAAACAGUGCAACUGCCUGCAAA